GAUCAACUAAUCGCCUGUGAAAGUUGAAUCAUGUAAAUUCCCUAUUACCAAAAUAUCGAUGUCAGCAGCUCAUUUAAAAACAUCGAUAUAUCGAUGUUUCUCCAAUUCUAGUUCCUAAUCGUAACAUCUCAUUCCUCAUUAAUUUAUCCUAAUAUUCGGUUCGUCGUUCAAUGUUUAAAUCUUUGAAAUAUGUUAAGUACGCAUAUAACUUUAAGCGUGACUUCCGUCAGGAAAUCACUUUCAAUAUGAAGUACCUAAAUGUUGCGGAAAAGAACGAUGCUGCGAAAACAAUCGCGGGCCUUUUAUCAAUAGGAACAGCAACAAGGCGAGAAGGGUUAUCUGUUUAUAACAAGAUUUACGAAUUCCAAACAGAGAUAAAUGGACGAAUGAGUAAAAUGGUUAUGACAUCAGUAUCCGGUCAUUUGCUCCAACUGGAGUUUAUUGGAGCCUAUCGACGAUGGAAUGAAGUUGAUCCUUCGGCGUUGUUUAGUGCGCCUGUACAAAAAGGGUGUAAUGAAAAUUAUCAGCCAAUUUUGCGAACAUUAGAGAAGGAAGUGCGUAGUUGUAGUGGGCUAAUAAUAUGGACGGAUUGUGAUAGAGAAGGAGAAAACAUUGGCUUCGAAAUAAUUGAUGUUUGUCGUAAAGUUAAGCCGAACCUUAAAGUUUACCGCGCGGUUUUUUCUGAAAUAACCAAGGCAUCGGUUCAUCGAGCGGUUCAACAAUUAACUGAACCUAACAAGAAAUUAAGUGAUGCUGUGGAUGUACGUAUAGAGAUUGACCUUCGAACAGGUGCGGCAAUUACACGGUUUCAGACUAUGAGACUACAACGUUUAUUUCCUGAAAAAAUUGCCGAUAAGCUGAUUUCAUACGGUAGUUGCCAAAUACCAACUUUGGGGUUUGUCGCUGAACGAUACAAAGAAAUUGAGGCAUUUGUAUCUGAAUCAUUUUGGAAGUUAAAAGUUUCACACAUGACUGAUGAUCUAACCGUCGAUUUCAUUUGGGCUCGGAACCGAUUAUUUGAUAAAGCGGCUUGUGAAGAUUACCUAUUGCUGUGUUUGGCCGAUCCAAAAGCAAAAGUCGAAGAAGUUACAGUUAAAACAAAACAUAAGUGGCGACCAACUCCAUUGGACACUGUAGAGAUGGAAAAGUUAGGAUCGCGUAAGCUUAAAAUUUCGGCGAAAGAAACAAUGACUAUUGCAGAAAAGCUUUAUUCCAAAGGUAUAAUCAGUUAUCCACGCACAGAAACAAAUCAAUUCUCUAAGGAUAUAGAUUUGAGAGCCUUAGUCGAGCAGUUCAAUCAACAUCCGGAUUGGGGCAAUUUCGCGCGUCGGGUAGGCGAAUGGGGUCCUAAUCCUCGGAAUGGCAACAAAAGUGAUCAGGCACAUCCGCCUAUUCAUCCCACAAAACUAGUAACAGAUCUACAAGGGAACGAUGCACGGAUAUACGAGUUAAUAUGCCGCCACUUUCUAGCCUGUGUGAGCAAAGACGCAGUUGGAUCUGAAACUGUAGUACGCAUAAAUAUUGCCGAUGAAAAGUUUACAGCAACCGGUCUAUUCGUUUAUGAACGAAACUAUCUCGAUAUUUAUGUAUAUGAAAAAUGGAAUGCGAAACAAAUACAUAAAUAUGAGCAAGGGCAGUUAUUUGAUCCUACAGAAAUAUCAAUGCAAGAAGGUGCCACUACUGCGCCACCACUUUUGACAGAGGCUGAUUUGAUAGCUUUGAUGGAAAAACAUGGCAUUGGAACUGAUGCAACUCAUGCUGAACAUAUAAACACAAUUAAAGAAAGAGGAUACAUCGGAGUGGUUGACAAAGGUUGUCUCGUACCGGGUAUUAUAGGAAUGGGUCUAUAUGAGGGCUAUGAUGCAAUGGAUCUGGCUUUAGCCAAACCCAUGUUGAGGGCAGCAUUUGAGUCGGAUUUAAAAGAUAUUAGCACUGGAAAAAAAAAUCCUAAGACGGUACUGAAUGAACAAAUUCAAAAGUAUUUGGAAGCGUACAAGCAAAUUACAGAAAAGGUCACCGCCAUGGAUAAUAAAAUGUCUUUACGAAUAAAUGAAACUCCUGCGACAAACGAAAGCCAGAGGAGCGAUGGGGGUAAUAUAACAAGAGAACUAUUUCAAUGUCCAAAAUGUUCAGUAGCUCCGUUAUCGUUGCGGCAGAAAAAAAACCAAAACAGCUAUUAUAUAGGCUGCAUGAAUUUUCCUGAUUGUAAGAACACCAUUUGGCUAUCAGAAGAGUGCUUAGAGCCAAAAGUUUUAUCGGAAACUUGCCAGCGUUGUGGACCGAAUGUAAAAUUAAUUAAAUUAAAAUUCGCGUCUAUGUACUACAAAACCUUGUUUAAAACACCUUCUGGCUGGUACAAAACAUGCUUCCGCUGUGACCAACAGUUUCAAGAUAAUUUCAAUAUUAAUCUUGAUCAAGUAAAGCGAACUGGUGGAAUUGUUGGAACUGCCACCCAAGAUUCAAAUACUAUUACGGCUGGUGUUGCUUUAUCCGCCGCUUUUAGAAAUAGUGAAACCAUUAGAGGGUCAGAAUGUCCGAGAAAUAUAAACGAAAAUCGAAAUAUGAGCAAAUCAAAAUCAAAUACUGAAACCAAACAGCUGCCACUUAAGAAGAAAACUAAAAGCACAACCCAAAGCGUUCGAACGUACUUCACAGUCGCAAGUGAACAAACAUUAAUUGAUCAGUCUUCAGUUCCUAUGGAUAUUGAAAGUUCGGUAGUUCCCGACUUGACAUUGGAUAAUUUUUUCAAUGACGGUUUCGAUGAAGUUAUGUGUGCAGUUGAUAUACAAACCGAAACCGCCACAAAUACAACCAAUAUUCCUGCACGAAAUGCAAUCAACGAGAGAGCUUCUGUCGGUUCUGAUUCAUUUAGAUCUAUAAAUAAGUGUACCUCUGGAUCUGUAAAAAGUACGAAUUCUAAUUUCGAUGAGUGCUUUCCGGACUUAAACGAUUUUAUCUGGGGUACUUCUGGACACAAAAUACGAUCUCUUAACGGCAAUGAAUAUAAAAGUAGCCAGAAUUUGCAAAGUAAAAAUCAAGACGUCAGGACGCGAUUAUCAAAAACUGACCAAUAUAACUGGGAUAAUAAAACACAACAUAAUGUUGCACCAACCACGAAUAUUCAAUGCUGUGGGUGUCAUCAGAAGGCUAAACAAUGUAGCU